UCCUGGUGGCACAGAGGAGUCCACACGGCAUCAGUGCGCAGUCGCCUCACCAGAUCUCCAGUCUCCAGGGCUGCCGUUACGCACAGGUUUACCUAAUCUCCAGACACCUGAUUCAGAAAGACACUUAGUUGGAUUUACGCUCUCUUUAUGCAAUGCUAUAAGGCAGAAAUGUGGGUUUUCCGUUGAGGGAUAUGGUCACUGUUGAGCUGCCAAAGUGGAGCCGCGCGUAUCACGAAUCGGGGCGCUCCUGCAGGGUCUAGGAUGCGCUCCCGGAACAUCCAGAUUCUUACCCGGGUUCGGGGCUGAACAAGAGUCUGCCCCGGCGGGUCGCAGAGGCGUUCGGAGGACGCAGUCUACCCGCACCAGGAUGCCCGUGAUGAGAGGUCUGCUGGCCCCGCAGAAUACCUUCCUCGACACCAUCGCCACCCGUUUCGAUGGCACCCACAGUAACUUUGUGCUGGGGAAUGCACAGGUCCAGUCCCUCUACCCUAUUGUGUACUGUUCUGACGGAUUUUGCGAGCUCACUGGCUAUGCCCGGGCGGAGCUGAUGCAGAAGAGCUGUGCGUGUCAUUUCCUGUAUGGACCUGAGACCAGCGAUAGGCUGAUGGCACAGAUCCAGGCGGCGCUGGACGAAAGACGGGAAUUUAAGACAGAACUGGUCUUCUACAAAAAAGGAGGAACUCAAUUCUGGUGUCUUCUGGAUAUUGUGCCCAUUAAGAACGAGAAGGGGGAGGUGGUGCUGUUUCUAGUAUCACAUAAGGACAUAACAGACAACAAGAAAGUUCAAGAUGAAGAACAGAGUCCAGAAAGAGAUGAGGAGACAGGGUUGGAAGUGCACAAAGUCACACGACCACCUGGCUUCAAUGCCAACCGGCGACGCAGUAGAGCUGUGCUAUACCAGCUGUCUGGACAUCUGCAGAAACAAGACAAGAGCAAACUCAAGAUCAACAAUAACAUGUUUGGAGAAAAGCCGCCCAUCCCAGAGUACAAAGUGGCGGCCAUUCAGAAGAGCCGCUUCAUUCUCCUUCAUUACGGCACCUUCAAAGCUGGCUGGGAUUGGCUGAUUUUGUUAGCCACCUUUUAUGUAGCAGUUACCGUUCCCUACAACGUCUGCUUCACCGUCGUCGGUGGGCGGGACGAGGCGUCGACCCCCAGAAAUCCACCGAGUGUAAGCGACAUCCUGGUGGAAAUCCUUUUCAUGUUAGAUAUUGUACUAAACUUUCGCACCACAUUUGUGAGCACAUCAGGCCAGGUGGUGUAUGAUGCGCGCUCUAUCUGUGUGCAUUAUGUGACCACCUGGCUCUUCGUGGACCUGAUAGCUGCGCUACCUUUCGACUUGUUGUAUGCCUUUAAUGUCAGUGUGCCAUGCAUUCAGUCUCUGUGUGUUCAGUACUUUGGAGUUCAUCUGCUGAAAACGGUUCGACUGCUGCGGCUUCUCCGCUUGCUGCAAAAGCUGGAGCGUUACUCUCAAUACAGCGCCGUGGUGCUCACUCUACUCAUGUCCAUGUUUGCACUGCUGGCUCACUGGAUGGCCUGUGUCUGGUACGUCAUCGGCCGCAGCGAGAUUGAGAAUAGCCCUGGUUCCUGGGACAUCGGCUGGUUGCAUGAGCUGGGUAAACGUCUGGGCACCCCCUACUUCCUUUCCCCUCUUGCAUCCCUCAUUCCUGAUUCGCUGCGCCCCACCAUACUAGAUGGAUUGGUGGUUAAUACAAGCCAGUGGAAUGGCACAGAUCUGGUAGGACAUGACUCUGGGGUGAACUCAAGCCAGUGGAACACUACAGGGGCGACGGGGCCUGCAAGCACUACACCUGCAGGACAGACUGGAGUUGUACUGGGAGGCGGGCCCUCAAUUCGGAGUUCAUACGUGACGUCACUGUAUUUCGCGUUGAGCAGUCUGACCAGUGUGGGUUUUGGCAAUGUCUCAGCUAAUACUGACUCUGAGAAGAUCUUCUCUAUCUGCACCAUGUUGAUUGGAGCACUCAUGCAUGCCGCAGUAUUUGGUAACGUGACCGCCAUCAUCCAGCGCAUGUACUCGCGUCGCUCGCUCUAUCACACGCGCACCAAAGACCUAAAGGAUUUCAUCCGAGUGCAUCGACUGCCCAAGGCCCUCGCGCAGCGCAUGCUGGAGUGUUUUCAGACAACUUGGUCAGUCAACAAUGGCAUCGAUGUCGGUGAGCUCCUGAAAGAUUUUCCAGAUGAACUGCGGGCCGACAUUGCCAUGCACCUGAAUAAAGAACUCCUGCAGCUGCCUCUGUUCGAGUCGGCCAGUCGCGGCUGUCUGCGCUCUCUCUCGCUUAUCAUCAAAACCUCUUUCUGUGCUCCAGGAGAGUUCCUUAUUCGCCAGGGUGAUGCUCUACAGGCCAUCUAUUUUGUGUGCUCGGGCUCGAUGGAAGUACUCAAGGACAACACUGUACUGGCUAUACUGGGAAAGGGGGACCUGAUUGGAUCGGACUCUCUGACGAAAGAGCAGGUGAUAAAGACCAACGCAAAUGUGAAAGCGCUGACAUACUGCGACCUGCAAUACAUCAGCCUGAAGGGGUUACGAGAGGUCCUGCGCCUCUAUCCUGAAUACGCCCAGAAAUUUGUCAGCGAGAUUCAGCACGACCUCACCUACAACCUGCGGGAGGGCAGCGGCGCUGAUCUGGACUGGGAAAGCAACGGCGGACUAGUCAAGAAACUACCUGCCAUCCGCGAGGAUGAGGAGACCGAUGAAGAACAGCACUCGGUUUCAAGAGCACCACGUUCUCCGCUGAGACUGACCAGGGCUCUCAGCUCGCCCCUGCGAUCGCCUCUGCUCCCCCCACGGCCCUUCCGUCUUUCAUCGGACCACACAAGACCUGCCACCCUUCAAAUCCCCGUAGUCAGUUUCAGCAGCGCCCCUCCAGAACUCAGCCCCAGGUUUGUGGAUGGGAUUGAGACAGAAAGCAAUUUAAGCUCAACACAAAGGUUCGAGUUUGGUCCCAGCCUACCUCAGAGUGGCCCUUCGUCCCCCUCUCCAGUGAACCAGGAGCAGCUGGAAAACAAACAGAGCAUCACCAAACUGAGUGAAGAGAUGACAAGUCUCUCCCAGCAAGUGUCUCAGCUAAGUAAAGAGCUACAGGAGAUGACACGUCUCCUCCGUCCCCUGCUCGUCAUUGGAUCUCAACCCCUCCUGACUGCCCUCAAUCCAACGAUGGCCAUGUCUCCCAGCAGUAGCAGCGCUCCGCCCAUACCCACUCCACAAGUUCCUUCGCCCACAGCUCCACCAUCCUCGCCACUCAGGCCUACUUGCACCCUAAUGGACAGGGCAGAUGCUGGUGGCAUUGGCUUACCCAGCUGUCUCAUACCCACCAGUCCUCCACAGAGACACCAGACACAGGCUCAGUUGUCUCCGAAAGGUUGUUCAAGGGGGCCUUCCUUACCAACGCUCCUCUGUCCAGUGACGGCUCAAACAGAAGGGCAUGGUCCCUUCACCCAGGACCAGCCGUCACAAACCCCUCCCACUUUUUCUUUCUCAAUUCCACCUUUUCGUUCUCAGUCUACUUCCUGUUCUCCAUGCCAGGGGCCUCACCUUUCCCGACCUGCCAGUCACAGCAGAGGUCUGCUACCUCCACCCCUCCCACAGGAUAACACACCUCCAGCACCCUCUCAUUGCUCGGCACCUCCAUCUACCAGUAACUCCCCCGGCGACCACAGGUUGGGGUUCGGGCCCUUUCCCUCCUCCUCCGCUCCUUCGAUGCGGUCGUGCACUCCUCCCUCUUGCCCGCACACCUCACCGCCUUGCAAUUUAGACUCCCUUCCAGAAACGUGGGUCUCUGUUGGCACCUCGUGGCCCCAGCAGAGCCCCAGGCCGGGACCUCCUCAGUUAGAGAUUGAGAUGCAAGAGUGGGCACCGGGAGGGAAGUCAUCCACAGAGCACAUCAGCUUCAUUGAUGAAGAGGGACCACCACUGUGAACGAUAGAUAGAUAGAGAGACUGAGAUGACUAGUUGACUUGUAACAGCAAAUAAGGACGGAUAAAUGGAGAACUGGGCCGACUGCAAUUACCCCGACCCGAGAUAACAGUCAAAACCAAUUGCUGAGACUUGUAAUUGGACAGAUUGAGGCUCUGUUCAAAGCCAUAGUGAGCUGCCUACCCAGACAAUGGCUCCUGAUGCCAAGGCUGUUCCAAGUAGUAGGCAGCAAAAUGAUCUGUAGAUCUUGUUAAGGUCAGCAUCGCAUGCAUGCAUCACGGUUAAGGCCAUCUCACUGCAAAGCUCAUUUCGGUUCAAAGUCUACCUCAAAUGGUAGACAGCAGAAAGUGAAGCGGCCCACUAGGAUUUGAAACAGAGCCGCUGUCUCACUUAUCACUUGGGAGCACCUCUGUACCUGAUCACCAGCCUGACACCUCCCUUUGAGCACAACUUCCCCAAAAUCCUCUUCUAAUAGCAUUACAGGGCAUUCACAGGCAAUCUGGUCAGCAACCGGACAUUCCAAACUAUGAGGAUCCCGCUGGCUGCGCUCAUAAAAAUCUUGCUAUGAGGAUUUUAUAUAAGAAAAGUUGGCUGAUUACCAUGCAUGGCUGUGCAUUUCAUACACCAGAAUAAAGAAAUGGGCAGGGGCAGUUUGUUAUUUUUUUGUAGAGGUUCUGUAUUACAAAAACAAUGUUUUUAUUCUAUAAAUUAUUUGUCUUUGGAAACCAAUUGAUAUUUAAAUUCCCAGUUGCGGUAAAUGAAUGAAGCUGUCACACCACAUUAUCUGUAUCACCCUUUGCUUGAUUUGUUCCCUUCAGUAGCUUCAAAUUACAUAUUUAGUCAAAAUGAGGAUGAAGGGCCUUGGGAAAUAUUUACGGAAUUACAUCAUUUAGCCAAUUUAGAGAUUCCUUCAUUAUAUACACUAGAAAACUAGCAAGGUUCAGAGCAGUGCUUCUCAACUUAACAGCACUGCACAUUUUGUAUGUUGAAUUAGGUGGGUUAAAUUGCUGUGUUGCAGAUCUCUUUUAAUCCGCUUGUUAACUCUGACGUCAUGCAGCGCUUCUGGGUCCAACAGAUCUCAAGGGAAAUAACAAAAAAUCAUGCACUCGUACACUCUUGUCAUAAUGCAAAACUACCAAAAACACCAAGGGCCUCACUUAUAAAAUGCUGCAUAAAAAACGUCCUAAAUUUGAUCUUACAAUCAUUCAUCUAAUUCAUGUCAUUCACUGACAUAUAAAUGACAUACCCCAAUAGUAUUUAUAUAUAUAAAUAUAUAUGUAUCUCUCUCAGGGGUUUUUCUCCUCCUAGGAGUUUUCCCCCUGGACUAGCCAAGAGGGUUUUUCUCCUAGGGUUUUUUUCAUCUCCUGGAGAGUCCGCCACCAUUGGCUUAACUUAAUACGUUACAUUACUAUAAUAUGAAUAAAUAGGACUCAUAAACAGCUGUUUAAAUAACAUCCUCUAUUGAAAUGAGUAGAGGCUUAGACUCGGAUUACUUACUUCAUUUACGUUAGGUAGAUAAGGUUGUUGCAAGGCAUUCCUUAUUCUUGUUGUCCUACUAAGAAUUCUAAACAAAUGAGUUUUCCAUAAAAAUUAAUGGGAUUGCGUUGCUUUGUCGCUGCGUGUUGCUUGUAGUGUGAACGGGGCACAAGGGAGACAUACAAAAUGUGCACUGCUGUGUGUUGAGAAUCGCUGAUGUUAACUGAAAUGUUAAGAGUUCUUUGUGAGCCAUACAAACACAAAGAUAAAGUUUGAAAGUAACUUUUUGCCACAGUUGAAAAUGUUAAUUAAAAACAUUUAUAUAGCAUAAAUACCCUUUUACCAGCCAAAGAUUGUAUUUUGCAGUGUUUCCUUAAAAUAUCUAUUUUGUUUCUUAUGACGGUAGAUUUCUUUAUCGAGUUCUGCCUUAUUUUAAGCAAACAACACAGGUCAUGAAUGUUGAAGCAACAUCAUAUUUUUAAAUCUCUCAGUUAUAUUGCAAAACAAGAGCCAACUUUAUUAUUUAUCAUCUUAUUGUUUUGUUAUCUUACAGUGCAGAGCAACUUUCUCAGCUAAACUUUUGAUAGUAAAUUUCUACUGAAAUAGUCCCUGGCUGUCACUGGGGUGGUACGCUUUCAAAGAGUACACAUUUGCACCUAAGGAGUUCAUUCAUAUAUUAGUACCUCAGAUGUACAUAAUGGUACUAAAUGGUACAAAUUGCUACCUAAUGUAUACAUACAGGUAACUCUACCUAAAUGGUUUAUAUUAUGAGCAUUUAAAAGGAAAACAC